AUGACUCCCGACGAUUUAAAACCUCGGCAGUCGACGGCUGAUUCUGCUCCCGCGCCAUGCCACGACUUGCGUCGUCGCAGAGAGCUACCAGCUUCCGCUCAGCGGGGUUGUUCUCCGCUCAUGGUGCUGUUCGGUGUGGUUAGCUUGCUCCUGUUUCUCUGGCUUCCGAUGGUACCGUUCAGGCGUCUCCCUCAGCCUCCUGGCUUCAUCCGACUCGCGGCCUCUUCUACCCCGACUGCGCUUGAGUGCUUUCAGGUUGCGCCGCCCGUGCUAACGCCUGAUGUCUUGUCGUCUCGAUCGCCACCUGGCGGCAAGCCCACGGGGCCCGAGUAUUGCUCGGUCUUGCUGAUGGAGCACGUUUUUGGCCAGAGUUACGGCGCACCUUUCGUUGGAAAUUACAUGCCACCUAAUUGCAAUUUUAAUCGAGUAAUUAUGAAUUUUACUGUCGUCUCUGAGGGUCGCCAAUUUGAUCGUCUAGCGUUGAUGUACUUUGGCGAUACCGAAGUCUGGAGGACAUCAACUGCGGAGCCCACAGCGUCUCCCGGUAUCCGCUGGACGUAUUCGAAGGACAUGACACACUUUCUAUACCUCUGGAAAUCCCCCCAGAAGUUGAUUUUCGACCUGGGGAACUUAAUUGAUGACAAGUAUACGGCAUCAUUCAAUGUCACACUAACUGCCACCUUCUUCGUUGCUCAUGUCAGCACUCACGCUACCCCCCCGGCUGAUAUGAUCAUUCCCAUAUCUGCGAGAAGGGGGGAGGCCAAUGGGGUGAGCCAGUUCACGCUGCCGGCGGAUAACGCGUCGAACACAAUCAGCUUUCCUCGCAACGUGAAUCGAGCCGUUUUCUCCGUCUCUGCGAACGGCCAAGCGUCUGAGGAGUUCUGGUGGAGCAAUGUUCCGGAAGAUGACACCCUUGCUUUUGGCCGGACUGCGGGGCAGCUACCAGGCCUAUCUCCUUUCCGCGAGGUUCAAGUUCUUAUCGACGGCGCCCUUGCUGGGGUCCAGUGGCCAUUUCCGGUGGUAUUUACCGGUGGUGUGGUACCUAGCUUGCACCGGCCCGUCGUUGGACUACAAGCUUUUGAUUUGAAAGAGCACCAGAUCGAUAUCACCCCGUGGUUGCCGGUUUUAUGUGACGGCGCUGAACAUACCUUCACGAUCAGGGUGGUUGGUUUAAGGGAUAUCCAGAAUGGCACUGCUUCUACAUUCACCGAGACCGUUAACGACAGCUGGUAUGUCACGGGGAAGAUCUUCCUGUGGUUGGAUGAAGCUGGGUCGAUAACUACCGGUACUGCCCCGGUGAUGAAGAAUCACGGGCCGGGUAUUUUGUUUUCCCGCUAUCUCACGCAGAAUGAAACGGGGUUCAGCGAGUCUCUAGCCUUCAACAUGACCAUCGAGAGGGUUACAUAUCUCAAAUCAUCGAUCAACACACAGAGUUAUAAGGGUGAGUAUAGCUGGUCGCAAAUGUUGCAGUAUUCCAAUGAAGCGCUCGUGUCGAACUUUGGAUUCACCCAAGUCAAUAACUUUAGCAUCAGCGGAGCAGAUGUCGCAACCUCACCUACCGCGCGCUGGCGCACCACAACCUAUCAGACUUUCUAUAAGUAUCCACUAUACUGCAACCAGACGUAUUCGACAUCGCCAGAGGGCAAUUUGUCAAUAAGCGCGCAUCUAAUAGAAGGGCUCGAGGUUCAAAUUCAAGGCAGGUCGGUGUUCCCGACUGGCCUUGAGGCAUUCCAAAAUGUUGCCGGCAUCCCAGGCAACCCAUAUCUCAGUUCCCACCUAAAAACCCUGCGCGAUGGCAUUGCGUCUUUCUCUCGGACGGGCGAUGGAAAGACUAGUUCCGGCUACGGCUCGUCCGGCCAAUAUUUCCAUUUUGGCGGCUCCAAAGACGGGAGGACCCUCGGCUUCAGAAACCGCACUAUCGACGAGCUCUAUUUUCGGAACGUGACAGCAGUAAACGGUACUGUCGUGUCUGAUUCCGAGAGGCUCGCAGGCGAAGAAUCCUACAGAUUUUCCAAAGGAGAGUUCAACCCCCAAACCCAGGUUUCACCGGGAAUAUCCGAUUACGUCGCUUCGAAAUUUACUUCGUCAGAAACUCCUUAG